UUUGCUUCCUGUCUUUGAAGAAUGAAAAGAGGUGUUAAUGUGAUAGGUUAGUUAAUUUUUUUCAAGUGGAAAGUAUUUUUUACUUUGUGAUCAUGAAAUGAAUUGAUCUGCAGUUUCUACCACCAUUACUCAAAAUUUGGUCCCAGUACAACUUAUCAGGAUGAACCUCUCGGUGGCCCAUAAUGUGGACAACAACACUCUGCAGGAUCUGGGCAGUCCGCUCACCACUGUGGUUCUCCCAGUGAUCUACCUGCUCGUGAUCCUGGUCAGCACCCCAUGUAAUUUAGUCUGCUUCAUCCUCCUCUGCUUUUACACCAAGCGGAAAACCUCCACCAUCAUCUUUGCCAUCAAUCUCUCGAUGGCCGACCUCCUGUACAGCAUAUCUCUGCCACUCCAGGUGUUCUACCAUUUCUCGGGCAAUGACUGGAACUUUGGUGCAGAGGCGUGCGGCUUCACCACAGUGGCGUUCCACUGCAGCAUGCAAUGCUCUGUCCUCAUCACCUGCGCUAUCGCUGUGGAGCGCUACCUGGGCGUGGUACACCCUAUAAAGAGCAAGCACUGGUGCACGCCGUUGCGCGCCGGCCUGGUGUGCCUGCUGAUCUGGGGCCUUGUGCUGGUCGUGCAGACGCCCAUGAUGCGCCACGACCUGACACUCCGUGUGGAGCAGCUCAACCUGACCACCUGCUUCGAUGUGAUCCCACGCGGAACCUUCGGCACCAAACCACUCACGUACACAUAUUUCGGCACGGUCUUCCUUCUCUUCUAUGCCUUGCCGCUGGUCAUCCUCGUGGCAUGCUACGUGGCUGUGACGCGAGGGCUUCACAACUCACCGCAAACGGACGUCGAGGACUACUCGCGUCGUUACGCGUGGGUCAUGUGCUCCAUAGCUGCAGUGAGCUUUGUCCUGUUUUACCUGCCCAACAUACUUCUCCAGAUCCUGCACUUGUUAUUCCGUUCGCAAGAGCACAGUCUCUAUCCCUACUACAAGCUCACUCAUGGCAUCAACAGCCUCAACUGCUGCGUGGACCCCUUUGUUUACUACCUCGCUUCGCGCGAGUUCCGCAACACCUUCCGGAAGGCUCUGCGUCCAUGCCAGUGCUGUGGCCAGUGCGACUCGGACGAACUGUCCACUCCCUCAGAUGUCUUCAGCUACGCCAAGGCCUCACUGUACAACAGCAACAAGCAGUGAUUCCUUACUCUCACACCCAGGGCCAGAACACUCAAAUAACAAAGAAAUAACAACAGCAAAAAAAUGUCUCUGUUUAACUGGGGAGCUGGGAAAAGAACCCUGAUAAAUCUGGACUUACCUGAAAAUGAACAAGUACUCAAAUAGAAUAGAUCUGGACUUACCUGAUGAUGAGCUCUGUUUGAAUGAAUGGGAUCCGAGUUCUUUCCCAAGGAAUGGGAAAGAACUCAGAUAGGUCAGGAAUUACCUGUUGAUGAGCAUACACCUGAUACAAUUAAGUUGCGAUAACAUUGUUGUUUUAACUGUUUUUUAAAUGUUUUUUUGCCAAAGCAGUGUAAAAUUGUCAGUCUGGGGGAUUCUGUGUGUGUGUGUGUGUGUGUGUGUGUGUGUGUGUGUGUGUGCAUGUGUGUGUGUGUGUGUAUGUGAUAGGGAAGGGCGUUAAGCAGCAGGGUGGUUAGAGGUGUCAAAUUGUGCAUGAGCAGUCCAGAGAGGUCAGUUCUUACAUUAUGAAGGUUUGUUUUGUAUUCAUGUUGCUAAACUACUGCUCUAAUCUCUCUUUACACUCUUAAAACAAAUGUGUUAAAAACAACACAACUUGCAUCCAGAUAGGGGACACAUUCGUUUUAAGAGUGUAUAUUUGAGUAUCAUUACCACUGCUUAAAAGUAUAGUUUGGCAUUUGGAACUAUUUGUCACGCUGAAUAAAGUGUCAAUGUA